AUGGCAAAUGUGGAUAAAAUCCAGGCCAAAGACUAUCCUAAACACUUCAAGUUUAAGUUCGAACGAGUGUUCAUGGCAAGUAUUGAGAUUUGGACUAUACCGGGCGAUGUGAUGACCGAACAAAUCACAAAGACCCCCGGGGGUUCCUGGCAAACUAUUGAAACCUGGGCGGAUGCUGAUGGUGGCUUUGGCUUUCGCUAG